AUGGUCAACGUCACCUUCAGCAGCCCGGUCACGCGCAUGGAUGUAUACUUUACAGAUCUCCAACGCCGAGCCGCUGAGCCCUCAACAGACAACUUGCACUGGGUGUUGGUCAACAAGCCCACCUUCGCCGAUGUCCCUAAAGGCACCUUCGAGCUGGACUUCUAUGGGUCCAGGAGCGAGAGCACCACCAAGCUGACCGGUCAGGCUGUCCUCGUUGACCUCGGACACGACAAGCAGAAUGUCGUCUGCCCCCCGAACUCGGCCAACUCCAAGUACAACUACGACUGUGUCCAUGAGUCCAUCCUCUUCUACGAGGCGCAGCGCUCGGGCAAACUUCCGGCCAACAACCGCAUCCCCUGGCGAGGUGACUCCGCCCUCAAUGAUGGAGAUGGCGGGGUGGACCUGACUGGCGGGUGGUAUGACGCCGGCGACCACAUCAAGUUCAACUUCCCGAUGGCCUUCUCCACCACCCUGCUGACCUGGAGCUUGCUAGAGUUCAAGGACGCAUACGAGGCCGCAGGUCAGCUGGAGUGGAUGUACGAGAGUGUCAAGUGGCCGCUGGACUACCUGCUCAAGUGUCACGCGUCUGAUGACGAACUCUACGUCCAGGUGGGCAAUGGAGGCCCGGACCACAGCUACUGGGGUCGCCCUGAGGACAUGACCAUGCCACGACCUGCCUACAAGAUCACCGCCUCCAAGCCAGGCUGUGACGUCUCCAUGGAGACGGCUGCUGCGUUUUCAGCUGCUUCACUAGCAUUCAAAGAGAAAGAUGCUUCAUUCUCCGCCACCCUGUCUACCCAUGCCAAGUCCUUGUGGCAGUUUGCUGUUGACCACCAGGCGCUGUACAGCUCCAGCGUCCCCGAGGCAGCGGGCUUCUACAGGUCCUACAACUUCACGGACGAAAUGUGCUGGGGCUCCCUGUGGCUGUAUCGUCUGACAGGGGAGGAGAAAUAUCUCACGGAGGCCAAAAAAUGGUUUGACCCGACACCGGCCUGGGGUCUGUCCUGGGAUGAAAAGAUCGCCGGAAACCAGAUACUCAUGUACAACCUGACUCACGAUGCCGCAGCCAAGGAAGCCAUCGUUGGCACGUUCGAGUUGUGGUUUCCCGGAGGAGGUAUCCCCUACACACCCAAGGGGUUGCCAUGGCGACUUCAAUGGGGGUCCCUGAGAUACGCAUCAAAUAUGGCGGCGAUGGCGUUGAUGGCUGCCGAAGUAGGCGUCAGUCCCGAGGACUACCGGCACUGGGCCAUGUGUAUCAUCCACUACGCCCUCGGGGACACCGGACGUAGUUUUGUCGUCGGCUUCGGUGAGAAUCCCCCCCAGAGGCCACACCACAGGUCAAGCUCGUGCCCGAGUGCCCCGGCGCCGUGUGGCUCCACCAUGAUGUCCUCCUCAGCCCCCAACCCCCACACGCUGUACGGGGCGAUGGUGGGCGGGCCCGACCAGAACGACAACUACAGCGACCGCCGCGAUGACUACGUCAGCAACGAGGUGGCCUGCGACUACAACGCCGGCUUCCAGAGCGCCGUGGCCGGACUGCGGUCACUGCUGCUGAGGAAAGCACAUCCAGAACAGACCGGAAGUAGUUCCUGCCCCUACUCCAAGACGAGAUAAAAUAUAAAUAUAUUCCCAUGCAUAGCUGAGGAUUUUAUUUGCACUGCGUUCACAAUUAAACAUAUUGACAAAAUU